AUGGAAGGAGAGAGCUCUACUCAAGUCGGAGACCUAGUUAAAAAGUUCAAGCAAGAAGUCAUAGAUUUGGGUGAUACUUCUGAAAUAGUUGUUAUUUCUCAAGGAGAAGACAAAGAAGGAGAUGAAGAAACCAAGUGGGAAGCAAGUGCAAUAAGCAAGAUUAUUACUGAAAGAAGGAUGAAGGCUGACACUGUGGCCAAGCAUCUUGGCUUUACUUGGCCAUUCAUGAAAGCAGAAGAUGUAAAAAUCACUAAGACUGAUCCCAACAUCAUGAUUUUCAAGUUAAGCAAUUGGACUUUGCUAAAUACUGUCAUCAAUGAAAGACCUUGGAGCAUUAACAAGAAUCUUCUGGUGGUACAUGAUUACAUACCUGGCAUGGUUUACACAAAAAAGAAUUGGGGGUUCCAACAAUUUUGGAUGCACCUGUUUGGCUUGAUGCCAGAGCAUGUGAAUGUGGCUGCAGUAACAAAGAUUGGAGAAUUAAUGGGCCAAGUCAUUUCCAUUGAACCAAAGGAUGCAAUACCAAAUGGCAGUGACCCUGUCAAAGUUUGUGUCAACAUAGGUCUGACAAACCUAUUAAGAAGGGGAGUUAAGGCCGUAACUAAUGCUGGUCUCUCUCGAUGGAUAAAAAUUUUCUAUGAAAGGCAACCAAGUGGCAUAUGCAAGGAGUGCUAUGUGAUCAAGUAUUGCAAAGUGGCAUGUAAGGAAGAAAAAAUCUUUCUGGAGAAGGCUCAUGAAAAACCUUAUUUAUUUGGGAAUGUGAAUAAUGUAAGGAAGACCAUUGCAAUUUCCUCUACAAGCAAGGCACCUACUUCAAAAAAGAAUACCAAAGCUCUAGUGAAAACUGCAGUUUUUGUACCUCCUAAGAGUGGUGUUGCAGUCAAUUUAGACUUCUUAUUAUCUAAGGCUUCAGAAGGAAAUCAUGAAGAAGAAAACAGACUUGGAAAAAGGCAGAGAGCUGAUGAUGGAAAAGCUGCAGAUCAAAACUCUGAUUCCACCAGUACCAUAAUGGCUCCAAAUGCAGAUUCCUCAGCAGCUUACAGGGUCACCACUGGAGACAACCAAGCAGUGAAUGCAGAGUUAGAGAAUCAGUAUCAUAAGAAUCCUUUUGGGUUGCUUUCUGUCUUCAUUAUUAUUUUUCUAGCAAACAUGAAAAUCCUUUCUUGGAAUGUUCAAGGUUCUAAAACUUCUUCUACUAGAAAUCAUUUAACUGACUUAAUCAGAGCUCAAAACCCAGACAUUAUAUUCUUGUGUGAAACAAAAAUCAGUAGUACUAAAUGUCAGCCACUCUUAAAGCAGUAUCAAUAUCCUAAUUGGAGAUAUAUUGAACCUGAAGGUCUAUCAGGUGGUCUUGUGUUACUAUGGAAGAAUGGUUUCUUGUGUGAAAUAAUUUAUAAUCAUUACGAUAUGUUUAAUGCCAUAGUUCAAUCUGAUCCUAAUGGUUGGGUGAAUAGCAUAGUAUCUAGUAGUGGCUUAGAAGACAUAGGUUUCAUUGGUAAAGGCUAUACCUGGAGCAAUAAUAACAUGGGGACUGGAUCUGUUAAAUCCAGAAUAGACAUGGCUUUAGUUAAUGGUAGUUGGAAUCUAAAUUUCCCAGAUACAAGAUUAUUGCAUCUUACUCAACUAGGUAGUGACCACAGUCCCAUCAUGCUUGACACUGAUAUAACUGUUCCAAAUUGUUGGAAGCCAUUUAAAUUUUUCUUAACUUGGCUCAAUGAUGAAUCUUGUUCAGUUGUUAUUACUAAUGAUUGGAAAUCUAGUGUUACUGGUUCUCCUGGUUAUCAGUUAGUAACUACGCUGUCCACUACAAGAAGAGAUCUUUCUUUAUGGAACAUAGAACAUUUUGGUAAUAUCAAUCAUAAAGUAGAUAAUAUCCAAAGUAAACUCAAUCAACUCCAAGAGCUUCCUCAAAAUUCCAAUACUGAAGGUGAUAUCAUCAACAUCAAUAAUGAGCUCAACAAGUGGCACAAAAUCAAGUCUGAGUUCUAUCAGCAAAAAUCCAGGGAUCACUUCACCAAAGACAUGGAAUCCAACAACAAGUAUUUUCAUACUAAAGUCAACAAAAGAAGGACCAGGAACAACAUAGAUGUUAUCCAAGACAACAACAACAAUUGGCUGCAAAGUAGAGAACAAAUUGCUCAGCACCUGACUCAGCAUUUUAAAAGUAUCAGCACCACCAACAAUCCAGUACUUGAUGACAGUCUCUAUACUGUUCUUCCUUCAAUUGUCAUAGUUGAGCAAAAUGCAUUACUUACCAGAAUACCCAGUAAUGAAGAAAUUUUUACCACACUCAAGAGCAUGGAAAAUUGGAGCUCUCCUAGUCCAAAGGGGUUUCAAGAUGGAUUUUUUAAAAGUUAG